AUGAAACUAAAACUAGAAGUCUCUAUGAAAUUCUUCCAAGAGACUACACCUUCUACAAAAUUUAUUGAUAUUGUCAACAAUUUGUUGGAGUCUAAAAAUGAUGCGGGUUGGAAAAAUACCAAACCUGCAGGCGUGGAAGGGGACAACCUUCUGCUGGUGGUUGAGGAGUUUGCAACUGUUGUAGCAGACAUAUUGGAGGAACAGAUGAAGAGAGGUGUAAUACAGUACAAAGAAAAACCGGAAUUAGAGAUCAGAGAACACAUUGAAUACAAACUAGAGAUACAGAGGAAAGAUUCGAUGAGAGAGUUUAUGUUCCCUGACGGUUCUGAUGGCGUGCUGUUUGGAUUGAAUGGAGAGGCUGGCGAGGUCCGAUAUUUCCCUUCUGAUGGCGAUGCCCUGGGCAACAUGACUAUUUCAUCUGAUUAUGUAAAACUAUCUGGAUUCCGAUUCAGGAACCUGGCAAAAUAUCUACCGAAUCAUGCAGGCAAAAGCAAAGAAGAUAAUGUGAACUCAGCCAUAUUAGCUCUUUAUAUCCACAAUACAGAGAACUAUACACCGUAUAACCUAAGUACGCCAAUCAGAUACCACGCGGCCUACCUAGACACAUUUAAUAUAUCAAAUGCUGAGUGUGUAAGGAUUGAACACCCAAAUCGGAACAAAUCAAGUCAGAGCCAGUGGUUUUGGAGUAGGGAUCAGUGUAUCCUGGUGUCAGAUACAGGUGGAGAGGGCUACUGUGAAUGCUAUAUGCCUGGUGUUUUUGCCCUCAUUACGGACAUGUAUAAUGUUAACUGGGAUAGAGGCAUUAAAAGACCCAUUCUUAUGAAUAUUGCGUCAUAUGCAGGGUGCGCAUUGACAACUGUUAUGUGCCUUGUCAGCAUCAUUAUUCACGUUAGAUUCAGAUCAUCCACUACCACUGCAUCACUCCAUAAGAAUUUGGCAGCGUCCAUUGUCAUAGGUCAGGUGGUAUUUAUGGCGGGUAUAGACAAGUACGACAACCCUGUGAUAUGUCACAUUUUUGCGAUUUUAUUACAUUAUGCAUUCCUGUCCAAUUUCUCCUGGUUGAUGAACGAAGUUUUUAAUCAGUAUAUCGUCAUCACGUAUGCUGCCCAUUCUCACUCUGACCAGCUCACAGAUAACGGGUCAAUGAUUCGUUAUUACGUCCUCGGCUGGCUUUUUCCCGGUGUUUUGGUGGGCGCCUUUGUUGGAUCCCAAGGAGAAUCCUAUUAUGCGAAAGAUAUGUGCUGGAUUGCCUGGGAUAACAUUUGGUUGUUUGUUGCCCCUGCGCUGGGAUUACAAGCAGUUUCUGUAAUGGUGAUGAUUUUUGCAACCAAAGAGCACAACGAAAACUCCUACACAAACAGUGAAAAGACAAACAGAAUUAUCCUGUAAGUAUAAAGAGGCAUUGCAGCCGUUAUGA